UUCAUUCCGUAAUAUUUUUUCAAGUUAAUCACAAGUGUUCAAUAGUUUAACCGAACAAGACAUGGAUUUACUCUCUUGUAUUGUGAUAUUGGGCCUUACCCCAGUGGGAUAUCUACUGGUGAUGAAUGUAUGUCGUCACUUGAGUCGAAUCGGUCGCUGGGUCGAUAAAAUACCGGGGCCCAAGGGACUGCCGCUGAUUGGAAAUCUUCUGGAUUUUGUUGUACCAGUCGACGAAAUCUUCGGGCAAAUGAGGAAAUUCAGUAACGAGUACUAUCCUACGUAUAAAUACUGGAUUCUACAUCACCCAGUGGUGAACAUUCGUCACCCAGAUGACGUCGAGAUGGUACUGUCUAGUGCAAAAGCCAUCGUAAAAACCUCGCAUCUGGCCCUCAUAAGGCCCUGGGUGAAUGACGGGCUCUUGGUGAGCACAGGGGACAAAUGGCGCGGUCGAAGGAAGAUGAUCAAUCCUGCCUUCACCAAUGCCCUCCUCCAGGAGUUCGUCAUGACAUUUUCCGAACACGCCGAUAAGCUCUCAAGGUCACUCACGGCUGAAGCGAGCGCUCAAGGGGGGGAGGUCGUCAAGGACGUGGAGAAGAUGUUCUCGAGGCUCUCCCUGAACAUCAUAUGCGAGACGGCCAUGGGAAUACCCCUGGAUGAGACAGCUAGUGAUCAAAGCGCCUACAUAGAGGCCAUCCCCACCACCGCCCAGAUAUUCCAAUAUCGGUUCAUGAGGCCCUGGCUGGCCAACAAUUGGAUUUUCUCACUGACGAAAAUGGGAAAAGAGCACGACAGAGUCGUCGGUAUAUUGCACGACUUCUCCGCGAAAAUCAUCGAGGAGAGAAAAAAUUAUCAUCGGGUGAAUGACUGGAGAUAUUUGGAUGGAUUGACGGAGGGAAAUGCAGGAGAGGAACUCGAUGUCGGCCAGAGAAAAAAUCGUCAGAAACUGGCGCUCCUCGACCUUUUGAUCGCCGCGUGGAAGACGUCCGCCAUCGAUGAUGAGGGGGUUCAGGAGGAAGUUGAUAUGUUCGUGGCAGCCGGUCAUGACACGACGGCUUCAGCACUAGGAUUCACGACAUUACUUUUGGCGAAGCACAAGGACAUCCAGGCCAAAUGUCGUGAAGAAGUCAACGAAAUACUGAGCGGACUUCCGAGUGGAAAAAUUACGAUGAAAGAAGUUCAGAGAAUGUCUUACCUGCAACAGUGUAUCAAGGAAGCCAUGCGACUGUACACGGUGGCUCCUCUGAUAUCUCGAACGGUCCACGAGGACAUGAAACUGAGGGAUCAUUUCAUUCCUCAGGGGACUGAAGUUUGUAUUCACGUUUAUGAUGUUCAUCGAGAUCCUCAUUAUUGGCCUAAUCCAGAUGUCUUCGAUCCUGAUCGAUUCUCACCGGAAAGAUCUAAAGGAAGACAUCCUUAUUCGUAUUUACCUUUUGGUUUGGGUCCCAGAAUGUGUGUUGGGUACAAAUUUGCAAUGCUGGAACUGCGAACUGUUAUGGCCGAACUAAUCUCCAAUUUCUACCUCGAAACUGUGGACCCAAUUGAUAAUGCCAAUUUCUUAAUGGAUUUUGUCGUUAGAUUUCGCGAUCCGACUCACGUGAAACUCGUACCAAUUAUUAAAUUAUGUGACCUUCGGAGGAAAUCACAUCCGCCAUUUUACCUACCUAUACAUCAACUCCUAUUCCAUAUUCCACCAUUCCCCACACUCUACCACACCCACGACACGAGUAUCCGUUUAUUCGGACAGUUGAGGAUCUCCACAAUGUAUUCGGGGGUCCUCGGCCGCAGCAACUAUCUCCCCGACUUGACUGCUAGCCCUAGGUGUCUGUCUUACCUUACCUUAUACUCCAGUAACGACGCCACAGCUAUAGUGGAUACUGGACCCUUUGUAGCAACUGCAGCGAGUAAGAGCAGUACGAGCAGUACGAGGCCUGAGGUGGAUCAGGUAGAUUUCAGGUUUAUCGAUCUCCGGUAUGUUAUGGCUCGACCUGAGGCGUUUGUUGAGCCUGAUCAGGUGUAUUUAUCGUUUGUGGUAUAUCAGGCAUACGAUAUUUUUAUGGUACCAAGACCUGAUCGGGUUGACCUGAUUCAGGUCGACCUGAUUCAGGUUUUUCCGGUGAUUCAGGUUCGUUCUAGUUCAGGUCAGCCUGAUUUAGGAUUACCCCUGGUUCAUAGUCGUCUAGUUUGGGUCGGCCUGAUUCAGGUCGGCCUGAUUCAGAUGGAUUAUUUACAUUUUAUUGUUACUUUUGCACUGGCCCCAUUGGUGAUAUUUUUAAUAAUUAAAUUAUGGGCCCACAAUAGUCGAAUUGGUCGUUGUGUUGAUGGAAUUCCUGGGCCGAAGGGACUUCCGGUUAUUGGAAAUCUACUGGAUUUUUCGGUAUCAAAUGAUAAAGUGUUCAAUAAAUUACGGAAAUUAGGAAAUGAAUUUUAUCCGACGUAUAAAUAUUGGAUUUUCCACCGACCGACAGUUAAUAUCCGACAUCCGGACGACAUUCAGGUUAUCCUGUCGAGCUACACAAAUGUUGAAAAAACUGACCAAGCGAGUACUUUAGAAUCUUGGCUGAAAGAAGCGCUGUUGAUAAGCAAAGGAAAAAAAUGGCAGACUCGCAGGAAGAUGUUGAACCACGCAUUCAGCUACAAUCUCCUCGAGGGAUUCGUCGAAACAUUUUCUGAACAAACCGCUAAACUCGUAACGUCUCUGAAAGCCGAAACAAGUGGCCAGGUCGGAGGUGUCGUCAAGGAGAUCUCCACGAUUUUUUCAAGACUCUCGCUCACCAUAAUAUGCGAAACAUCGAUGGGCCUGAUUCUCAAUGAUCACGAUCGAGAUAAAUAUCUCGAUGCAAUUCACAUUAUCGUCGAUGCACUUCAAUACAGAUUCACGAAGCCAUGGCUGGCAAACAACUGGAUCUUCUCUUUCACGGAAAAGGGAAAACAACAGGAGGAAGCGAUAAAGACGGUCCACAAAUUUUCUAGUGAAAUGAUUAAAGCAAAAAAAGAGCACCAUCGAAUGAACGGAUGGACAUCAUUAAAUGGCGUCGGAAAAGUUAAAGAGGAACGAGAAUCCGGUGGCAGUGAUGUCGAUGACGGAACAGGACACCGUGAGAAGCCCGCACUCCUCGAUCUCCUCCUGGCCACGUGGAAGACGUCCGGGAUUGACGAUGCGGGUAUUCAGGAAGAGGUGGACGUGUUCGUGGCUGCGGGGUACGAUACUACGUCCACGUCCUUGAGCUUCACGACAUUACUUCUUGCUGAGCAUAAGGACUACCAGGAAAAAUGUCGACAAGAAAUUAAUGAAGUCCUGAAUGGACUUCCCCUCCAUAAAAUCACAAUGAAAGAAAUUCGAAGAAUGUCCUAUCUCCAGCAAUGCAUCAAGGAGGCGAUGCGUCUUUACGGGCCGACGCCAGUGAUUGGCCGAAAGCUAUCAGAAGAUGUCCAACUAAAGAGUCAUUUCCUUCCCCGAGGAACUGAAGUCGCCAUUCAAAUAUUCGAUACACAUCGGGACCCGAAGUUCUGGCCCGAACCAAAUAUUUAUAAUCCUGACAGAUUCUCACCGGAGGCUUGUAAGGGCAGACACCCUUACUCGUAUUUACCCUUCAGUCUUGGACCACGUGAUUGCAUUGGAAAAAAAUUCGCAAUGUUGGAGGUGAAAGUCAUCAUGGCCUGCCUCAUCUCCACAUUCUACCUGGAGCCAGUCGAUGUCAUGGGUGAUGUUCGCUUCGUGGUCGAUAUCAUCUUGAGAUCUCAAGGCCCAGUUCAUGUAAAACUAGUCCCAAUUGUUAAAUAAAUUAUUAUAAAAUUGA